GCGGCGGCGAGAGAAGCGCUGGUCAAGGCGCAGGCGGUCCUCGAGGCGGCCGACGCCGAGUGUCUGCAGUUGGCCAAGGACUUUGAGGUUCUCCAGCAGCUGGAAGCGGCGGCUCCUGCGAUGGUCGCGGAGCUGGCGGCCACGCAGGGCGCCGACCCCGCGCGCGCGAGCGAGCUCUCGCAGCAGCUGCUGAAGUGCUCGCAGGACUCGAUGGCCCAGGCGAGCGCGGUGGCCGGGACCGCGGCGAUGCGACAGCCACGCCGCAUGGCCGGCAAGCAGGAGCCAGCUGUGAUCUCCGCGGCCGCGAGCGCCCGCCUCGAUGGGAAACGACCGAAGGAGACGACGCUACAGGGCUUCUGGCCUGACGCGUCGCGCAAGGUGCUCAAGUCGGCCGUCGGGGAAAAAUUGUUCGGCCUACCCUGCCAGGGCGCCGAGGAGGCUGCGAGGUCGUCACAGAUGCCCAGCACUGCGGUGGCCUCGGUUGUCGUGCACGGCGCGGUCUCUCACGAGGGCGGCAUGCGCCACCGC